AACCGCUUCGCCUCGCCGAUGCAGGAUAACAGCGGGCGCCGGGUCGUCUGGACUUCGGUGAAUUCGGUGUGAAGUGACAGUGAGUGAAACCGACGAACGAAGUCGAAACCAACGAGUUUCUGAAAAUCAUCGCGGAGAGGACAUACCUGGGACCUUUAUGGAUAUAACCGACAUUGUAGCACAGAUAUGUUCUCCACUCCGAUUCUGAAAACACGUCCACAGUUUCACAAUCGUCACUGUGUUUAGCCGCUAUGCAUACGGUAUACUAAUCGUAUGACGGUUCGGCGAAACGACUUGACCAACAACUUCACAUGGACUCUGGAUCAAUUAGGACUCCAUCUUUAUAUUAAGUUCCGCCAACGAUCACUCAUAUCAGUCACGAAAAGUCCGAGAUCAGCGACAGGAGGCUGACCGGUUUUUACGGACCAGAAAUAGUUCCAGAACUUAAACGAGACAGAGAGGCGCUGAUCAUGAUACGCGCGACAUUGAAGCGACUAGGCGGUUGACAAGGCGGGACCAGAACGAUGAGCGGUGCCGAGGGUGUCGUGGUCCAGGGUACCGGAAGCGCUAUUUCCGAGGACGUCGACAUGGCGACCUCGACAUCCGCGUCGGCAAGCCUUAAGCCUCGGAGUGGUAAGAUCAGCUUCAGCGUCGAUUCGUUGCUGAGCGGGACGCGGAGGUCGCCCGGGUCCUUGUCGAGGCGAGAAUGCACCGCUGACGAGAGAAUGGACGCGGAGAAGAGCCUCGAUGUCGAGAGGGUCGGAGCCAGGUACAGGGAGCUGCUGGUGGAGCAGCAGAGGCUGCACAACCAGGAGCUGUUGGUGCGACUGAGUCCGCACAGGGUAGCGUCCCUCGUCAAUCAUCAGCGCAACGAGCAGCUGACGAGCCCGCAGCAGAGCGAACGAAGGGAAAUACUCACCGUGAGGGACUUCUCCAGGACGAGUCACGAGAAGUCCUCACCAGCAAUCAGGAUCAGUCUCACUGAGGUCAGAGAGCGUCUCGAGCAGGAUAAACGGGCCUCUUCACCUGGGCGAGGAGCCGACUUCCCUGACGAUCGCAACGAGCUCCAGGAAGACAGAAUCGCCCAUAGAUCGGUGUCACCUGUACUACGGAGGGAGUUCGACGAGAGGAGCGACUCCGAGGCCAACCGGUCCGUCGAAGGCGAUCGCGCCAACGAACACCUGGACGAGGACCACGACGUCAGGAGCGUCGGACAAUCCGAGGACCUCAACGUCACCGACUCCGACUCCGAAGUCGAAAAGGACCCCGAUGGCAGCCCCGAGAAGGAGAAGUCCAGUCCGGUUGUGCCUCAGCCGAUUCAUCCCGGCGUUCAAAGGCCGCCAGGAGCGUACCUUGGAGGCCCUGGUGGACCCGGCUGGAAUCCCGGAGUUUUCCCGCAUUCUCUUGCCGGCUUCGCGUGGCUUCCCCCACCCCCGCAUCCCCACAACCCCCACGGACAUCUGUACCCUCAACAUGGCGGGCCGACCAGUCCGAACGGAGCUUUUUCAGGUGACCUAAGACUGCCGGGCCCCGGAGCAGGCCCAGUUCGAUGCACUUUGAGGAAACAUAAGCCGAACAGAAAGCCUCGGACGCCGUUUACGACGCAGCAGCUACUGUCCUUGGAGAAGAAGUUUCGCGAAAAACAGUACCUCAGCAUAGCAGAAAGGGCCGAAUUCUCAUCGUCGCUUCACCUGACAGAAACUCAGGUGAAAAUAUGGUUUCAAAAUCGCCGCGCCAAGGCGAAACGACUGCAGGAAGCGGAAAUUGAGAAACUGAGAUUAUCAGCCAGGCCACUACUGCAUCCGAGUUUUGGUUCCGGGCUCAUGUUCCCUGGCGUCGGUCCCCCAGGUGGACCAGGCAUGCCACCCUUCAUAGCUGCCGCCAUGGCGAGACAUCCGCACGCCGCAGCCGCUGCAGCGAUGUUCAUGUCGCCCCCUGGGCACAGGCCUUAGAAUUUAAAGUGCGGAGUGAUUCGAGGGC